UUCUACAUUACUAACGGUUCGAUAUCUGAUGAAGAUAUCUACAUUUAUCAUGGCCAUCAUGGAUUGUCAUUUGAUGAAGAUGGCCCAUGGCAAAAAAGGAGAACAUGCCAACCUCCAUCUGGAAUAUUAAGUACAGAAAUAAAGGAAACUGUGUUGCAAAACGAAUGGUUUAAAAAACCAAAGGAAUCCGUCGGUAAUGUAGAGUCUAUCACGGACUCAUACGAAAAACAUCAUCUCAAACCUAUUGCCGAAGAGGACCAUUAUGACUUUAUCAACGAAGACGAAAUGGAGCCAUCACCCUUUUCAAACAAGGAACUGAAGAAACGUGACCCCAGUCGUAUAUUGCCGGCACCACCUGAACAUUCAGACGGUGAUGAAGAAAACAAGUUACGAGUUCCGUGUGGAAGCAAAUCAGAGACUGAACAUUUUAUAUCGAAGGAGGAAGAAAGGAGCCAAUGUUUGGAAUACAGUGAAAUGGUGAACAUCUUCAAACCACUAAUUGUGCAAACACUGAAUGUAGAAGACAUCCUACCGUCCUUGUUAUUCCUAGACAAUCAUGACGAUAUAUAUGAAAUGAGAAAUCAUUCACCAAAAAAGUCUGUUGAAAGCCUCUUAGAUGAAUUAAAGAGAAGCGAAGAACUCGGGAAAUGGCAGAAAUUCUUAGAUGCUCUCAGCGCCAAUGGAUACACGUACAUUGUUGAUAACAUUAGAGGCUACAAGUUUAUCAGUCCUGAGUAUCAGAGAGAAUACAUCAGAAAGAUCAAACCAAAAAUUGGCAAAAUGAUAAAGACAUGCGAACUUCUACCAUACGUUAAGGCUAAAGGUCUUAUAAGAAACACUGAAAAUGAAAAUAUCCAACGAGAGUUCGCAAACCACGGUGAUUUUGCAGCAGCACUAGAACUGCUGGAUAUAAUACACAAAAAACACCGCAACUGGUAUAUGUUAUUUAUCGAAGCUCUUCAAGAAGCUAACAUGAACGAUGUCGCAGUGUGUCUACAAAUACCUGCAUUGUACAAAAACAAAAGCUCAGAGAUUACAGAUACUUAUAGUUUACAGCCAAACACCGACUCCGACUUAAAUGAGAGCAUACCGGUUAUUGACGAAGAAGAGCGUCACAACAAAAACAAAAUGAAUCCUACACAUUUUUCGAAAAAGAGUAAAAGCAAUUUGGCGGUCACUACUGACAAUACCAAUUCGAAGGAGGAAGAGAGGAGCCAGUGUUUGGAAUACAGCGAAAUGAUGAGAAUUUUUAAGCCGUUGAUAGUUCAAAACUUGCUUGUCGAUGACAUUCUACCGUCUUUGUCAUUUCUAGAAAACCAUGACGAUAUCUAUGCAGCAACGAAACAUCAUUCACCAAAAUAUGCUGUGUUGAGUCUGUUAGACGAAAUGGAGAGAAGCGAAGAACUCGGAAAAUGGGAGAAAUUCAUAGAAGCUCUUCUGGAAAAUGGAUACACAUACAUUGUUGAUAACAUCAGAGGCUACAAGUUUAUUAGUCACGAGUACCAGAAAGAAUACAUAAGAAAGUUCAAACCGCAGCUUCGUAAAAUGAUAAACCCUUGCGAGCUUCUAUCACAUCUUCUGGCUAAAGAUGUAAUAAGCGACAGUGACAGUGAAAAUAUCCAACAAGAAUACGCAAACCGUGGAAAUAUUGCAGCAGCAACGUUACUGUUGGACAGAAUACACCGAAAGAAUCGUAACUGGUAUAUAUUAUUCAUAGAAGCUCUUCAAGAAGCAAACAUGGACGACGUCGCAGUUUGUCUACAAAUACCUGAAUUGUUAGAAACCAACAGGACAAAAGCUACAGCUGUUUGUCAAAACGAUGACCACUAUUGCUACUAUCGCAAAGAUGUAUCUGAAUAUCCACAUCCAGAGAAAUCGGAAACAUGUAGAAAACAUGCAGUUGAGGACAGUCAAGAUGAAAUUUAUACAAACAGCCAGUUCCAAAAAGAUCAAGAUGAUGGCGACGUUCCCUACUUUAUACCACCUGUUCCUAAAGAGUCGGAUUUAGAUAAGAUUCGACCCAAAAGAAACCUACCGGAGGAAGACGAGACAAUAACACAAUAUGAGGAAAGUAUUCCUCAACGGGUACCAAUAACAGAGAAGCAAAAGGUUCCCCUUCCUAUCUGGACUAACGAUGAUUUAGAACAGUUUAUAAAUGAAGUGUCAGCACUGCAAUCAAAAGUGGAGAAAAAAGACGACAUCAAAACUGACAAGGACGGCAAGAAGGUAUUGGAAAGCACAUCAAACGUAGAAAGCGAAAGGUCUAAAAGUUUACAAAACGAAUGCGAGCAAAUGCAGAAUGAGUAUGAUGAUCUUCAAAUACAAAUUGAUCGGCUCAAGCAAAAGGCUUCAAUCAACGAAAAGAUGAACACUGCAUUAAGGGAAGUGCGUGAACUUGAACGAGUAAAUGAACUCAAAGAAAAGGAAAGACAAGCUUUGAAAUCAACAGACCUUUCUACCGAAGACUAUAUAGAUGUUGAUGCUGAGAACACAGACACGUAUUACCCUACAGCGGCUAAACCAAAACAACAAGUACGUAGAGAAACAGUUCCCCCAAUCCAUGAUGUUAGGAUAAAGAAAAUGUACGAUUUCAGUGGGCCGUUUCCGGUAGAACCCUGCAAAUUUUCAAAGCUUCCAAAUUUUAACUUAGAUUCGACAUUAUCUGUGGUACAAGUGUAUAGCCCAACCUUUGACAGUCGGAGCACUAUUUAUCAAAUGUAUGAACAGGACAGUGGCGUUGGAAUAGAUAUGGCUUUGGAAUGCGACUAAAGCGGGAACUGUCUUAUAACUGUUUAUUUUACAGUCAAAUUCUAUGUGUACAUGUUUAUACCUGAAAUGACAAAAAUGUAACUCAAUUUCUCUUUUAUCAGCCUAAUGAUAUGAAAGACUUUGUUAAGACUGUUAAUUUUUUGGUAGUCCCCGGUGAGCUCUUUUUUGUUUACAUUAUUUUUCUAGUUCACUACAUAUGUAAUUUUCUCAUGUCAUGAUUCCAUUCACACUUGGCAAUUAAUCAGAAUCAAAUUAAAAUUUGUGAAAAGUUAGCUUCUGCUAUCAAAGGGUAACAAAUAUAAACAACAUUUACUAUAAAUUGUGAAACAAUAGAAAAUAUAAAACGGUAUAAAUAUCUAGGAGUAUACAAUUUCCCCCGGUAGAUUUCUAAAGGCGCGAACAAGCUAAAAAGCCGUUACAUAUUCUACAUAUGCGAAUAAAAUUCAGCUGCAAAUAGAUGUGCUGAUAAAACGUUUUUACGUAACCAUAUUUCCUAUAUGAACAUAAAAUGAGGGUUCGAAGAUUUUGACCUAGUUGAGCUUUAUACUGACUUACUUGCCGUAAGAAAAGUACCAAUAUAUGCUAUAUAGAGAACUUGGCCGUUAUCCGCUCGAAAUAGUCAUCAAAUCUAGAAUUAUUAACUAUUGACUGGAAAUGAAUAGCAAGACAAUCUUGUGAGUACAUGCUGAUUUCGACAACACAUUUCAAACGGUUAAUUUUUUUUUAAAGUAUUUUGGAUUCUUCAGGAAGCACAUAUUUUGGAUCUAUCAGAAAAAUAUUUACUUUAAAAAUGUAGCUUAACUAAUUUGAAGGAAUUUAUAUGAUUAAUUCAUACAAAAAUUUGAUGAUAAUUUAGAUCAAUGGGAAUAACAAAUAGAUUAUUUAAGUCUGAAAAUAAGUUAGACUCCUGCCUUACUAUUCUCACUAAAAUCAAUAGAAUAGGACUAUUUCAUUUAGAACAUGUAAUCACAGACUGCCAAUAGAAACAAGAAGAUGGCGUCAGUAAAUGUGCCUUAUGAGGCAACAAAAUGCCUCUUUUUCAUUAAUGAGGUGGGCGACGGAUUGCUCUAUCUGUAUAUAUCAAAUAGCGCGCUAAACGUAACGUCAUACUUUAACGUUAUGAUGUCAUGUUAUCUGACGUCAUGACAUCAUACCUAUGUUUGUAUACAUUGUAUGUUUGCCUGAAGAAGUAUUUUAGUACGAAACGUAUUGCGAACUUGAGUUGUCUUCUUUUUUUAACCAUAUUAUCCAUUUAUUCGUGCAAAUCGUGUAUAAUUACCAUCAUGGAAAUACAAAAGAAUACAGUAAUUUGUGGCACGUAUUUUAAUGUUAUGUACUGGAUAUAUAAACAGAAAAUUUGAAGACAAAGUUGUAAAAACACAAUAUUUUAGGGAGCCUCAGGGCUGUUAUCCUGUGAUACAGCUGUGUUAAAGACCCACCAUGACCUAGUGACUUACUUUUUUACCCCCAAAAAAUCAUGGAAAUCAUUCUUAUUAUACAGUUAAUAUACAGCUAUAUAAGUUUUCAGGUGAACAAUUUUGUCCCUUCCUGAAUAAAUGUGUUUCCACAUUUCAUCUGCAAACUUAUUCAGUCAAUCUCCUUUCAGCAUAGUUUCAAAAAUAUAGAUGAAUAACUGUCCUACAAUGUAGAAACAAAAUUUGAUUGAAAUUUUACUUUACACUGAUUUAUGUACAUAUUGUUGAAUUAAUUCAAUAGAAUGUUAAAAAUUUAAACAUAUUGUCUUGGCCUAUUAUAUGUCUCUGUCAGUUUGAAACUAGAUUCUUGUAUAUCUCAUAUUUUUCAUGCAAAUCAUGUAUAAUUACCAUCGUGGAAAUACAAACUACAAAGAAAUCGUUAUUUUGUGGCGCGUUUUUUAAACCCACCACGACCUAGUUACCUACUUUUCCUCCAUCAUGAACUUCGUGCAAUUCGUUCUGAUAAUACUUGUAUAAUACAGCUAUUCUACAAGAUGACAGAUGGACAAUUUAGGCCGUCCCUAAAUUAAUGUGAUUUCACAACUUCAUCUAUCUAGACAUUAAUCACACUGUGUAGGCCUUUUAUAUGUCACUAUCAAUUUGUAACUAGAUACUUGUUAUUUCUCAUUUUCUUCAUGCAAAGCAUGUAUAUGUAUGUAUGUCUCGUAAUUACUAUCAUGGAAAUGCAAAAUAAUACAAUUACUUGGUGGUGCCUAAAGCAGUAUUAUCAGAAUGACUUUCACUUUGUUCAUGAGGGAGAAAAAAUAGGUCACUAGGUCUUUAAGUACUAAUUUCACGGUAAUGUCCAUGUGGUCAACGCACAAACACACAUUUGAUUUUGUAUUUUUUCCAAUGUAUUAAGUAAAUGGCCCGUAUAUUGAAACUAACCAAUCAAAAUUCAUAGUUCUUGUUAAUCUCCCUGACAAAUCUUUUACGGUCAAUGGCAAACAUUUGCGUACCAUGCUGUUUUCAGUGUUCUUAUUCUCCUUUUACAUUUAUUUCUAAAAUUCAGUGCAAAUAUCUUAUCGUAUUUUCCACAAACUUUAUCGAUGUGUAUAUGUUGUAUAUUAAGUUCAUAAACUGCAUCUUUGCACGUUAUAAUAUUAUUAUAUAUAAUUGUUUGUCCCCAUCUUAACCCACAUUUCGUUCGGAAAUUAAUUAAUCAUGUUAUAAUGCGAAUGAAAUCUGACAUAA